UGGCGGGGUGUCAUCCUCUGCUGCUGGAGCUACUGGACCUCGCCAACUCCCGACGCGCUGCACUGGGCUGGCCCGACUCCAGACCUUGCUGUCACCUCCCUCCUUUUUUCCAACCAGCGCGCACCCGCCCACUUCAGGACUGAACCCCUCCUCCACCAUUGCACAACCCCCACGAUCAUGUUCCCGUAGCCUUGCUUUGCUGUCCUGAAGAGACGAUCAACGCCCGACUCUUGUCUUUUGCGCACGAUUCCCGACGACUUUGCCAUUGCUCUCGCUGACCGACUUCGCUGCCGGUCCGUCUCGCCCCCUGCCGUAGGUCGCCAGCGAGGGCUUGUCCCGUUCGCUUUGUUUCUUUGGCCAUCGGGACUGCGUCCGCAUAGUAUGGGUAUGAGCGCAUAUCCCAGCCGGAUAUUGCCACCAUGAGCUUCAACCUCCCUCUUCGCCCGAGCUCCAGCAGCAUACGAAACCAGGCGAGCCGAAGCACCUACUUUAACAACUACACGCCCAAUUCCUCUACCGAAGCCAUCAACGGUCCUCUCAGGGAACCUGCCAGGGAGCUCUUUGGCACCACCGAUCGGCUGAUUGUCGGCGUCGAUUUCGGAACUACAUUCUCAGGCGUCGCUGCUGUUUACACUUCAACGCCAGACGAUGUCGAAAUCAUCAAGACAUGGCCGGGCGGGAACGGCAUCACCUCCGACAAGGUGCCUACUGAGAUCAGCUAUGACAUUUCUGCGAAUGCUGCCGCUGGCACCGAUCCCACAGUGAAAUGGGGAUUCCAAUUCAAGCCCGAGGAAGCGCGUCUUCGCUGCAUCAAGCUGUUUCUCGAUCGCUCGCAAAAGCUACCCUUUUAUGUCAGUCCGCUUGACACGGCGGCCCAACUGAAGCGCUACAACAAGAAUGUUCUGGACGCUGUAAGCGACUAUCUAACACAGGUGUAUAAGCACACCAUGGACACCCUCACUCGAAGAUACGGCGAGUCCUUCAUGCAGUCUACCAAGGUCGACUUCGUCUUAACCUGUCCCGCCGUGUGGUCCGAUGCAGCGAAGAACACGACACUUCAGGCGGCUGAACGAGCUGGCAUGGGGUUGAAAUCAGAAAUUCAGAUGAUCAGCGAGCCCGAAGCCGCGGCGGUGUACACAUUAAAAGCCAUCCAGCCCAACCACCUCAACGCCGGUGAUAACUUUAUCGUGUGUGAUGCUGGUGGUGGAACUGUCGAUCUGAUCGCGUACAAAAUCAUAUCAUUAAAACCGUUAAAGGUAGAAGAAUCUGCCGUCGGUACCGGUGGUCUUUGCGGCAGCGCGUUCCUCAACUACAGGUUUGAAGAACAUGUCCGGAACAAAUUGGGCCACAGUCGUUUCGACGAGAUGAAGGUCAAGAAGAACAAAACAUGGCAGAUGGGCCUAAGGUAUUUUGAGGAGUUUGUUAAGCGCAACUUCAAUGAGGACGAGCACCAGGAAGUAAAUGUGCCUUUCCCAGGCUUACCUGACGAUGAAGAGGCUGGCUUGGACUGCGGCUUCAUGGUCAUGUCUGCUGAUGAAAUCAAAGAAAUAUUCGCCCCUGUCGUGAAAGAAGUUUGCGACCUAGUCCAAGGUCAGGUCACUGGCAUUCGUUCCAAGGGUGGUGUUGUGUCAGGCAUCGUGCUGGUUGGUGGUUUCGGGCAGAGCGACUACCUAUACCGCAAGCUCAAGACACACUUCACCAGUGCGGCACCACCUCCGUACACCGAAAGGCCAACACACGGCAGUGUAACUGCGCUGCAGGAGACGAGCUCGAUCGAGGUCAUGCAGCCAGUGUACGCCUGGACAGCCGUCGUGCGCGGAGCGGUGCUGCGAGGACUCGAGGGCAACAUGGUGAUUUCGCGCAAGGCGCGGUACCACUACGGCACAUCGUACGCAACCGUGUACGACGAGGAGAAACACUCGGUCAGUGAGCGGUACUGGUCGCCGCUAUGGGAACGGUGGAUGGUGUCGGACCGCAUGCAGUGGCACAUUGCAAAGGGAGAGGCAAUAUCCCCGUUAUCGCCAAUCGCAUUCCAUUAUACUCGAAACUUCAGGCCCGGGCAGUCGCUGCUGGUGACGGACGACCUCAUUGCAUGCGAAGCAGACGAGCCGCCUGCUGCCUACACCCGCGAUCUAAUCCAUGUGUGCACGUUGACGACCGACCUCAAUGCCGUGCCGAGGAGCCUAUUCACACGAUUGACGACAACGCGUGGCGUGGAGUUUGACAACCUUGACUUCACGCUCGAAAUGAUCGUCGACAGCGCCGGUCUAGGAUUUGAACUAAAGGUGGACGGUGUCAGGUACGGACGUGUCGAUGCCGAGUUCCAUUGAGCAAUGGACGAACCAUGGAGAGGUAUCCGUGGACCGCGACGAAAGGACGGGGCGUGAACAGAGGAAAACCUGGGCAACGGCAGAGGCAAGGGUUCUCAAAUAGGGAUUUUGGCCUACGAAAUGAGUACGGGAGGGCAAUCCAUCUUGUGGUCCUCCUCGGUAUCUCGUCAUACAUAUACUCAUAGUUCGCGAGGAUCCAGUCCCGAGAACACAACUCACUUUUUGUAUCCCGCCAAGCAAGACA